AUGGCACCUCGAACAUCGUCUCCCAAAUAUGAAAGGUUGGAAGAUGAGCCUGAGAAGGGAGAGGCGAGCUACUUCAUCCAAAAUAAUCCACCCAAUUUCUUAAGAUCACAAGCUUCAAGCCGCCAGAAUAUCUUUUGGAUAGCUCUUAUCGGUGUCGGAACAUUUGUGUUGGGUGUAAUCUCUACAUUAUUCAUUCUCGAGAUCAGGUCUCGACAUAAUCCAUAUGGUCACUAUGAGACGGGAUUCCGAGAAGAGAAGAUAUUGCCACCGAGCGCCAUCCAACUCGAACAAGUUCGCUUCAAGUUACCUGUAGACUUCGCACCCGGCGGUGACGAAUUCCUAGUCGCUCAGCCUGGUGAUAAAGCCUACAUCGGUACCACACCGGAGGUCGAUGCCGCUUGGAAGCAACUGCUUUGGGGACGGUAUUUCUCCGUCUCUGAAGCAGAAGCAAAGAGUUUAUGGGGUGACGAUUAUCGAGAAUUCCGCGAUCACCACCGAAGCGGCUAUACAGCAGGAUUCGACAUGUUCCAUCAGCUGCAUUGUCUGAACCAAAUUAGACAAGCCUUACAUCGGGACGUCUACCCAGAAACCCCACUUCACGGGCCAGUACAUACCGACCACUGUGUCGACCAACUCCGCCAGUCAAUAAUGUGCUGGGGUAGUACAGCUGUUGUCCCCCUGAAGUACUUCGAAGGCUAUGGCAGUGAAUACGUGAAGACCGAUGCAGUUCAUACCUGCCGGAAGUUUGACCCGAUUCGAGACUUCGUAUCGGAGAGAUUUAACGGAAGUCUCUUCGUCCCAAGGCCGAGCGGGUGGAUUGAUACCUCGGAUAAUGCAUUUUAG